AUGGCACCUCACUUCGAAUCCCUCCACAAAUCUGGGCACCCCGUCCUCCUAGCAAACGUCUACGACGGCAUCACCGCUCGUAAAAUCAGUUCCCUUACCACAUGUCACGCCCUAACAACAAGCUCCUACUCCGUCGCCGAAGCAGCCGGCCUCACCGACGACGAGAUGGACAUGGAAACGAACCUCUCCGCCGCCAAGAUCAUAUCCAAGAUCGCUAAUGAGCUGAACAAGCCGCUGACCGUUGAUUUUCAGGACGGGUAUGGAGGAGGGGAUCAGGAGACCUGUGGGAUUGGGUGUUGCCGGGUGCAAUCUGGAGGAUAA